GUCUGUCAACCAGAUCACUGAUCAGGCCUGACCCAUUUUUAUAAAUCAACCGAUGCUGCAUCGGGGGCCCCUCUCCACAGGGUCACACGUACGAUUGCUUGAUUCGAUUCGAUUCCAGCCAACAGGUUCCAUCACUCUCCACUCCCACCACCCAUGGUUUUCGCCUCAAGCCUCGUAUAUAACGCUGGUUUGGCUUGGUCCGUUAGCUAGCUGCCACCGUCUACCAAACAAUUAAGCGUGCAUAGAAACAAGCACGCAUCGCUCACCAUCUUCCCUGGUCUCCUCCUACUCCCCACCCCAAGAAGAAAGAAAGAAAGAAAACAGCCAUGAAAGAGGUCGCCUCCACGGCAGCGUUGGCAGUGGAGGAGGAAGAGGAGCGGUACGUGAAGGUGGCGUCGAGGUUCUUCCGGGUGAAGCCGGCGGCCGGCGAGACCCGUCCCCGGCGCCACCACUACCUCGACUCCUGCUUCCUCUGCAAGAACUGCAUCCUCCGCAGCCGCGACAUCUUCAUGUACAAAGGGGACGCGGCGUUCUGCAGCGAGGAGUGCAGGCAGGAGCAGAUCGACAUGGACGACGCGCUCCACGCGGUGGCGCGCCGGCACAGCCGCCGCCUCCUGAAAAGCGAGCCGGCUGGCACGGCGGCGGUGGCGGCGUCGAGGCCGCCGGCGAUGAUGCACCGCCGCCCGACCAUCGCCAACCUCGGCGCCGCGCGCACUCCGGUGGCCGCCAGCUAGCUAGCUUGACGGCGUGCAGCUGCGCACCAUGGAUGCUAAAAAUGAACUGAUCGGCGUAGCGGCGAUUCGGUCAAGUACUAGCAAAGAGGGGAGAGAUGUAUGAUAAAGACUCGAGAGCUUUAGUUCAACGGGUGUUUAAGGUACACAAGUUAUGAUGAUCGGGCGACAUGUACAAGGUUAAGAAAAGGGAAAUCUCCCAUGUUAUUGCCGCCCGGGAGUCAGUGUGGAAGUAGAUCAUCAGCUGUGCAUAUAUACGAUCGAUCUGGUUGGCACACCUCCCAGAUUCGAGUUGGAUUUGAGUGUGUGUUCUUGACAAUGGUUGCUGCCUAAAAGAGUGUCGUCAUUCCGACUUCCAAGCAUGCACGACACACUUUUCUGAGCUUGUGUUGAAGCUUCAAGUUUGGUCGUGUCGGACUUCACUUCAAAUGUUCCGUCUA